AUGCGGCAUGAGCAGGAUGUAGAGAAGCUCAGAGACGACUCGGCUUAUAGACAAGAUAGAAUGAACGGCAGACAAGGCGGCGAAGUACUCCUGCUGGUCAAAGCCGAUUACACUCAAUGGGACUCACCAGUAAAACUGACAACACCUAAUAUUCAAGCCAAGGCGUGUAGUAUCCUCUUGGGAAGACGACCGUUAGGAGUGCUACUAGCCUAUCGCGCACCCACGGGGGAACCGGCAAGAGCUAUGGAACUACUUGCUACAAUGCAGGAAUUCAUAUCGAGGACCCAAACGAUCUUAAUUCUGGGUGAUUUCAAUCCUCCGAAGAUCUCUUGGGUAGAGGGCGAGGCUCCCGUUCGGACAAAGGAGGAAGCCUCCUAA